GUUCUUCUUCUUCUUUCUCAUGGCUUCCUCUACUCUCCUCAACCUCACUCUCACCCUUCUCCUUUGUCUCCUCCUUACCCUCUUCAACACUCACGUUGAUGCACAGAUCGAAGAACCAACCUUGAACCUCAUCUCAGACACUCUAGAAUGGCCAACAACAAUGUCAUCACUUUACAAUGACCUAGAAGAAGACAAUGAAGAAGACACAGACAGUGAUUUCAGUAGAAGAUCUUUGUUCUGGAGCAGAGUGAAGUACUAUAUCUCUUACGGUGCUCUUUCUGCUAACAGAAUCCCAUGUCCACCACGUUCUGGUAGAUCUUACUACACUCACAAAUGUUAUGAAGCUAGAGGCCCUGUUCAUCCUUACUAUAGAGGUUGUUCUGCUAUCACACGCUGCAGAAGAUGAAGAAGUGGGUUGAAUUUUUAUUUUAUUUUUUUCAAUUUUAUUCUCAGAUCGAGAAAAGAUUUGAAAUUUAUGUAAGUUUGUUGUGUUAGCUUUAUUUAUGAAAUUAAUUAAGGUUUAAUUAGUUGUGCUAAUUUUGUGUUAGCACUUGUAGUAAGUAUAUUGUGUAAUGUUUGGUCAAAGAAUUGACUUUAAGCUUCGAUUUAUUUUGUGUGUAUGAUGGGUUCUUUUAUGGAUUUAAUUAGUACUAGUAGUAUAUGUGUAUGCACUGCAGAUAUGGAUGUGUUUACCUUUUGUGUUA